GCGCGCAGAGCCCCACACGCAGCGCGGAGCGGGAGGAGCGGCGCCCCGGCGGCGGCAGGCGGGUACAAAAAUAUACAAGGCUUCAGCCCCAAACCACACAUAGCAAACAUGAAUGACGUUUCUCAAAAGGCAGAGAUUCUGCUUUCUUCAUCUAAACCUGUCCCCAAAUCCUACGUGCCAAAACUUGGCAAGGGUGAUGUAAAGGAUAAAUUUGAAGCCAUGCAAAGGGCCAGGGAAGAAAGAAAUCAAAGGCGAUCUAGAGACGAAAAGCAAAGAAGAAAAGAACAAUAUAUUAGAGAGAGAGAAUGGAACAGGAGAAAGCAGGAGAUUAAAGAAAUGCUUGCUUCUGACAAUGAGGAAGAGAGUUCUAAAGCAGGAAAGGCUUAUGUCCCAAAGCUGACAGGGACAGUUAAAGGUAAAUUCGAUGAAAUGGAGAAACACAGGCAGGAAGAACAAAGGAAGAGAACAGAAGAAGAAAGAAAACGCAGAAUUGAGCAGGACCUGUUAGAAAAAAGGAAAAUACAGCGUGAACUGGCAAAGAGAGCUGAGCAGAUUGAGGACAUAAACAAUACGGGAACCGAAUCCGCAGCAGAGGAAGGAGAUGACUCACUACUUAUAACAGUGGUACCUGCCAAAUCAUACAAAACAUCUGGAAAAAUAAAGGAUCCUGAGGACCUGGACAGAGAACAAGGAAAUGAAAGGAUUAAUCAUGAAGAAGAUGAGAUGAGAUAUGAAGAAGAGUGCCGAGGUCUCAAAGAAGCAAAAUGUCUUUCAUUAGUCAUGGAUGAUGAAACAGAGGCCAAAAAAGAAUCACAUUUUCCUGGAAAAUUGAAAUCAACUUUUGAAGAACUGGAACGACAAAGACAAGAAAAUCGCAAGAAGCAAGCAGAAGAGGGAGCGAGACGACGCUUAGAGGAAGAGAGGCGUGCCUUUGAGGAGGCAAGGAGGAACAUGGUAAAUGAGGAGGAUGAAAACCAAGAUACAGAUACAGUUUUUAAAGUGUAUCGCCCAGGAAAACUCAAACUCAGUUUUGAAGAAAUAGAAAAGCAAAGGAGAGAAGAUGAAAAACGAAAAGCAGAGGAGGAGGCCCGAAGGAGAAGAGAGGAAGAAAGGAAGGCAUUUGCUGAAGCAAGGAGAAGCAUGGUAUUAGAUGAUGAUUCCCCAGAGAUUUAUAAAACAGUCUCCCAAGAAUCUCUAUCACCUGGAAAACUGGAAAUUAAUUUUGAGCAAUUAUUAAGGCAAAAAAUGGAAGAAGAAAGACGACGAACAGAGGAAGAGCGCAGGCAUAAACUAGAAAUGGAGAAACAGGAAUUUGAACAACUGAGACAAGAAAUGGGAAAGGAAGAAGAAGAAAACGAAAGCUUUGGGUUGAGCAGAGAAUACGAAGAAUUAAUUAAAUUAAAAAGGAGUGGCUCAAUUCAAGCUAAAAAUCUAAAAAGCAAGUUUGAAAAAAUUGGACAGUUGUCAGAAAAAGAAGUACAGAAAAAGAUAGAAGAAGAGCGGGCAAAAAGGAGAGCAAUUGACCUUGAAAUUAAAGAGCGAGAAGCAGAAAACUUUCAUGAGGACGAUGAUGUUGAUGUGAAGCCUGCAAAAAAAAGCGAAUCUCCCUUUACUCAUAAAGUGAACAUGAAAGCCAGAUUUGAACAAAUGGCGAAGGCAAGAGAAGAAGAAGAACAAAGGAGAAUUGAAGAACAAAAGUUACUACGAAUGCAGUUUGAACAGAAAGAAAUUGAUGCGGCACUCCAGAAGAAAAGAGAAGAUGAGGAGGAGGAAGAAGGUAGCAUUGUUAAUGGCUCCACGACUGAAGACGAAGAGCAAACCAGAUCAGGCGCUCCAUGGUUCAAAAAGCCUUUAAGAAAUACCUCAGUUGUAGACAGUGAGCCAGUCAGAUUUACUGUGAAAGUCACAGGAGAACCCAAGCCAGAAAUUACCUGGUGGUUUGAAGGAGAAAUGCUCCAGGAUGGAGAAGACUAUCAGUACAUCGAAAGAGGUGAAACUUACUGCCUGUAUUUACCAGAAACGUUCCCACAAGAUGGAGGCGAAUAUAUGUGUAAAGCAGUCAACAAUAAAGGCUCAGCAGCGAGUACCUGUAUUCUUACCAUUGAAAUGGAUGACUACUAGGCUUCCUUCUUUACUUGGAACUCACUCUCUCUCCAACUCUCUUGAUACAUCUCUCUGGAGGGGCCAAAAAGGAGACCAGAAGUGCCACUGUACUGACUUAAUCUUUCCCCAAAUCUUCAAAAUAAGAACGCAUCUAAAGACCACCAUUUCCAAUGCAUAUCAGGUUUAUUACCAUGCUGUGCCAAGUCAAAAUGUAGCUGACAGAAAAGGGAAAUAAAUGCACCCAUUCUGUCAGAACCUAAAACAAAAGCUUCGUAUUUUCCAUAUUUAUAGCAAUUAAUACUUAAAGUAUAUAGUCUGCAUGAAAAAACUGAUUUUUUACAUUUAAAUUAGCCAUUGACAAUGAAAGUGGAAUGGUCAGAUUUAGAAAAAAGUGAAUUCAUUCUGAUUUAAAUUCCUAGCUUUAAAAAUAAGUUUGUAAAUGUCAAGUAUAGUGUCGCAAAGCCUUAAUCUCAGCACAUGGGAGGUAGGUGGAUCUCUGAGUUCAAGGUCAGCCUGGUCUACAUAACUUCCAGGAUAGCCAGAACUACAUAGUGAGACCAUGUUACCCUGGUUCCUAACAACACAGUCUGUAAAUAAAAGUCUAUUAUGUUCUAAUAUUGGGUGGUUUUAUAUUUAAUUUUCUGGAAAACAUGUUGUGAAACCAUAAUAAAGUUACCUGUGCAUUAAAAGG